CUUUUCACGGGAACAAUGCCUCUGGACAUCACAGCAGGCAAGAAUUGAACAAUUUACUUGUACACUCCUAAAAAAAUGGCCUGCUUGAACUGCUAACACUUUCCUUAACUUUUCAGCGGCUCCUGGAGUACAGCCAGAUUUUUGCCGAAAGCCACCAAUGUUAGGUAUCUGCAGGCCGUUAAAUCAGUCCUGGUACUACGAUUCUGGAACUAACAGCUGCCAAAUGCUCCCAAUCGGCUCUUGUGCCGGCGGCUGCAACAUAUUCCCGACGGUAAACAAAUGCACUGCUAUGUGCAUGGGUGGGAAGAAACCACCGGUUUGCUUGCAAAAACCCCUUCUUGGCAACUGUGGAGAUACACAUCGAGCUUGGUAUUAUGACAGAAAGCUCAAGUUUUGUAAAAUGUUCAAGCAUGGCCUCUGCGGAAGUAAUGGCAACAGGUUCGAGACUGAAGGGAAAUGCCAAGAAGUGUGUCAAAUGUUCAAAAAACCAAGGCCCAUCUGCAGUGCGAAGCCGGCCACAAAACUUUGUUUUAACCUCAACACAAAAUGGUACUUCGAUGAGGAGCAAGACACCUGUCUGAAAUUUGACCGUGGAUGGUGUGCAAAAAAUGCGAACGGCUUCAUUUCUCAGAAAGUUUGCCUGUGGAGAUGCAGUUAUAAGCAAUCUUGCUUGAACUGCAAAGGGCCGAUACCACCAAAUGGCACCAGUCGUCCAAAUAUUCAACCACCUAAUACCAUCCAACACUCCAAUACCGCCCCGGCUCCCAAUGUCAUUCAAACUUCUAAUACCAUCCAACAUUUGAACACCUUCCAAGGAAGCAAUAGCUUCCAACAAGUCAAUAAUUUACUACCAAAUUCCAUUCCACCAGUCAAUACGUACACGUCAUCCGCUUCCUUACACUCAUCUAAUGCUAACAUGCCACCUAAUGCAUUCCAACCAGCCACUGUCACCCAACCAACUUUAAGCCCCGUACCACCCAUUUCCUUUCAGUCAUCUGGUACUUCCCUACCAUCAAGUGCCCAUAGACAAUGCCAUCAUAAUCCGCCACACAUUUUCCUAGCUCAUGAGAAGUCACUGCUGCAAAAAGCACCUAAGUAGAAAAGGUUGUUUGGGUGUAUAAUACACUGCAAUUUUAGUAAACUUGGAACGUACCGUUGGUGGCCUUCAAAUAAACAGUAUUGCUCAAAGUG